GCUAGUUCAGUUCCGACGCUGGACCGGGAGCCGCGCAAAAUAAGGAUAAGGGCAAAGCUCUCCUCGCACACAGAGGCCGGCCGCCACGUUCUUCCUCCUAUACAUCAGCGUUUUCUUCUCCGCAUUCGUCUUCAUCUGCGUGGCAGCGGCCAUGUCAGCAGUUCUAUGCACUCCCUCGUGCUCUUCUCCUGCCUUUACGCUGUAUUCCUCCUUAUCGCGAGCAGCGGCCCCCUUCUUCUCCUUGUAUGACAAUCCGCCCCACUCGAGACGACAGGUUCUCUACCGGCGCCCUGUUGGUCGGGGGAUAGGAGGGGUAGAGAUUCUAUCUCAAAAGAGGUUUCCGGAUGCGGGGAAGGAUAGGAGAGCUUACCUUCCACCUGAUGGAGGUCGAGGGGAGGCAGGAAGAUCGAGCUCAGCUGCUUUCAAGUCGUUCGAAAUUCAAAAGAAGGACAGGGGGUUGGUUUUCGACCUCAAAGAGCAACAGGUAGAUUCGCUUGUUAAGAUUAUUGUAUUCAUGACAGCAGCACUUUAG